GUCAAGAAAGUAAAUAUGAAUUUUAAAUAAAACAGUUGCUCAUAUUCUGUUUCGUAAUUAUAAAAAUCUAAUCUGUGAGUUGCUAGUUGUUUAUAAAGUCUAAUAGUUGGCGGUCUUGGCUUUGAAGGUUGGAUGCAGUUGCGGUGGACGUGAGAGAAAGGUCACUACGUAUUUAUGUUUGAGUUUGAAAUUAAAAAUGGGGUGAAGUACCACGUUGGUAUGCCUGGGCGGUGGUGCCAUCUUGGAUAUGCAGAUAAGCGGAACACUUUCUUACAAUUUUAUUGCUUCUUAUGCUAAGGAAAUUUUAAUGCAGUUCUCAGGUAUAUAUUUCAUUACUUUUGUAUUUUGAGUUUUAUAAUUUAUUAAAAGCGAAUGAAGAGUUGUUCGUCGAGGAAACAUCUGUAAGCAAUAGGCUAUAAACCCAAGACACGUGGCAUGAAGAUAAGAAAUGAUAAGCAGAAGAUUUAUAGUUAAAUUUGAUAAUUCAAACAGGUUCAUAAUAUAAAAUAAGUAAUUAAGUUAUAUUCACUAAAAAGAGAAAAACGGAUUAAAGGACCAAAGAUUAGGAAAGUAAAAUAUUGAAAAGUGAAAUAUAGAAUAGUAGGGUGUCACAUUGAAUAAUUGUUAAGACUAUGUAUAUGUAUAUUUAUUGUAUAUUAUACCUGUUGUAUUUAUUGUAAUUAUAUUUAUUGUAUAUACAGCGACUCUUAAAACAUAAGCAAUAAGUUUAUAUUGUGCAACGAAAGGUUGUACCUGAUUUAUAUAAUACAGUACAUGCAUAUGAUGAUAAUUGAGGAUACCAGUUAGAAAAAGGAAACAGGAAAAUAAUUGAUAAAAUAUAGAGCCAUAAUAAUAUAGUGGUGUACGUAAUAGGCUGCGAUUAUUUAUUCAUUCAUUAUACCUCAAUGAUCAUGAAGCACUGUAUCAUGUAAUCUGUCUAGAUCCAUAGUUUACCUAUUUAAUAAUUUAUUUGUAGCCUCCAGGUUUUAGCAAAUCAUAAAUGCAUAAACAUUAGCGGUUUAGUAAUAGUGAACAUAAGUAAACAGUAUGUAAAAUAGUUCUAACUAUAAAAGUUAGUAAUACUAAAUGUAAUCUGGUGAAAGAUGGUAUUGUAAUGAUUAAUUUGUUAAAAAUCUGACAGUUAUUAAUGUAGACAAGAACAAAUUUCUUACAAUACCAUACUUUCAAAGUACCUCAUGUACUUCAUGUAUUUUCAAAGAAAAUAAAGUUGUAGUUCACAAUUCAGAAAGUGUAAAGUGAAGUUAUUCAUGAAGGAAGAUUAAAUUGUUAUUAAGAAGAUGAUUAAUUAUGGUGUACAGAAGAUAGAAAAAGUUCAAAGGAGAUAUUUGAAGAUUUAUUGUCAUAAGACAUUAUUAUUAAAUCAAGUGCUGAUAAAAUUAUGCAGCACAGUAUCAUCUGAAAGUGAUAUGAAAUAGUAUGUUAAUCAUAUAUUAAUUAUUCUGUGUUAGCAACCUGAACAGAAGCUCUGUGAGGAAGAGAUAUUACUUUCAUUCCUGAAGAAAAUGCAGUGCCUGCAAAGAAGUUGAAAGAGUCUGGUUCAGAUAUAAAAUUUUUGUAAUUAUAAGCAAUAAUAAAGUUAUAUAGAAAGUACAAUUAAAAAGCAAGUACUGUAAGAUAUAACUGUCUUCAUAUGACAGUAUAAGUCAGACAUGCAAAACAAUUUUCCAAAAAAAUGCAGAAGUGAAUUUAAACAAAUAAAAUUUGUUUACACUGAAGUGUUUUAAGUCUGUAAGGGAUGCAUUAAUAAACGAGUUGAAGAAGUAUUUCAGGAGAGUAUAAAGAUACAAUACACAAUAGCCUAUUCAUCUGAGCAGAAUGGUGUGACUGAUUGUGGAAGAAAAACAGGUCACUCAUGAAAAUGGGCAGCUGUCUAUUCAAGGAGGCAAAUUUCUCCAGCAAAUAAUACAUUAUUAUUAUCAAUUCAGCCUAUUAUAAUAUGGGCUUAAGUACAAUGAUCAAAGUUAUAAAUACUCAGCUGUAUAAUUGGAAAGUGAUGCUGUUUAAGACAGCACCAUUUCAUGGAAUGAUGUCUAAUGUCCAGAACUGAUUGAUACCAUUUGAAUAUUAGUGAUCAUGUAAGGACUUUAUGUCCCAGGGGAAUUAUAAGGAGAUGGAGCCUUUGUAGAUGGCGCUCACUCCGAUUUUUCAGAAUAGGGGGUCCUACAAAUCCAAGGUGGUAUUUCUGGGCCUACUUAUAUUCCUUGAAGAUGAACUACCCUUUUGAACUAUAAGGACAAGAUACGGAUAUUCUCAAAGUAGUAUCCUGACACAAAUAACCCUGUGUUAAAUUAAUUCUUGUCCUGAGAAUUUCCACUUAGGAUGAAUCCUACUAUGAAGACCCAGUGUUCAAAUAUGAGGAAGUUCUUGAAGUUUGUCCACUUGUACCGUGUAUAGUGCACCAUAUGACCACUCAGAGUUUCUACCCCAAUUUCGUCAAGGGUGGGUUUAAGCUAGGUAAAUAAUCAGAGAAGCAAUUAGACACGGAAUAGAAAACUGGGAUACUAUCUGCUUGUUUAUCCUAACUCAACAUCUACCCGUACAACUCCUAGUUUUUGUAACUGAAGAACAAGAGUUAGAAACUUUGAUCGAAUAAAACCUAUAACGAUGAAUUUCGUUAUGUAAAUUCGGUAACUCAGUAAUUACACUUGAUUCAUAUAAAUUUCGCAAAAUGCGAAAGCGCUUAACGAGGCUCGGCAAGUUCCGCGUUCGCCAACGCUAAUGGCGGUAAAAACGUACGGUAUAAUGAACGAAGCCGCAUUCAUUAAUAGGAAGCGGGUAAACGAAAGAUGAUCAAUGCAGAACGAAUACUGAAUAUGUAAAUACACAUUAGUUACGAAAAUCGUGAAUGGCCACAUAGGCUGGAAGUGAAUUGUUGGUUCCAAAGGUGUCCAUGUGAUGCAAAUAGGCAUAGAGGCCAACAAGAGUGCUUCAUUUGUGAAAUCUAUCGUGAAACGUAAUUCUAUCGUGAAAAACAGAAGUAGAUACUGAAUAGAGGUGGAGUACCAUCAGCAGGUGGUAGCCGCUACCACUUGUUCAUCAACUCCGACCACCCUGACCACAGUGGCGGUUUCAUUUUGAUAAGCAUAAGUAAAUACAUACGCAUGUGGCGCGAUCCUCGAUCGUUAGCGAAGUGGAUCGUUCAGUUUCGAUCAGUAAAAGCUAGGGCCGAGGAGAUGGUCGAAGGGAAUCGCGUGGGUGGGUGGGUUUUGGCACGGUAGAGCGUGUUGGUGCAGUAGGGGAAAAUGGAUCGGAAUGGGAGAAUGGGUGUUCUCUCUCUCGAGUGCUCGCUCGUUGGGAGUUUGGGCGGGUAGUCAGUGUACCGUCAGCCUUCGCGUCGUCGCGACGUUCUUCUGUUUCACCUUGUACUCCUCGUUUCAACUUUGUUCAACGACUUCAAACGAGACAUGACAAUUUCGGUCAUCGAUGCAAAACAUUACCGUUCGUUUAAAAUGUGUUUAACUUCGGUUAAUUAAAAUUACUUUCCGCACAUGUGCUCUGAGCGGCAGAAACUUUAGGCAAAGUUUUUAAGUGAAGUGUAAGUGAAACUUUAGGUGAUUUUAAAUUUGUAUCGCAGUGAUUUUUGGAGGCAUAUGAAAUUAAGUUUAACUAGUUGCGGUCAUCUUUAUGAGAGGUACGUAUCUGCACUUGUAACUUUUUGUAGAAGGCAUCUCUUUAAUGGACGUGAUUUUACGCUGCCGGCUUUUUAUGAACAUUGACUUUUAAAUUAAAAGUAAAUAAAAGAUGAAACGAACUGGUAUAUUCAGUUACGCUGUACCGCACGUUUUACCUCGGGCGAUUAAAUAAAUUUCAGCGUUCGCUGUAUGAAGUUUAAAAUUUGUCACUUUAACGCUAAUUCGGUACUUUACUUAAUACCAGUACUUAUAUAGUAUUGAAUUAAAUUUUAUUUAUUACAUUUCAAAAAUUAGUUAUACCCAGAUGUAAACAGUGAAUAAAAAUUUGUUUAAAAAAAAUAAUAAAACAAUUUAGAGAAGGCUGGAAAAAAAAUUUGAAACAUGUUACAUAUAAUUUAUUUAUAAAUUUUAAGUACAACGAGUAUAAAUAAAGUUUCGCACAUAAGAGUCAUAAUAGUUUAGGGAGGUAUGACCUUGAGAUAACUUUCACCCUCCAUAACCUAACUUCUUCAGAUUGACCCUCUACAAUAACUUUCUUCAUAAGUAUUUUAUUAAACGAAAGAUUAAAUAUCUCUGAAUAUACGACUCAUAAAACAUUUGUGACAUGACAUUUUAAUAUCUUCAUGUCAGCCUAAUUCCAUGAAAAAUUGUAAGUUAUGGACUCUCAUUAUACUGCCUCAUUUACAUGGAAAUUACAGCAAUAUCAAGAGAGAAAACUUUUAGCGAAGUUACUGCAUUAUUGACACCAAAAGUUUUACUUGGAUUGCAAUAUAACGAGAGACUGUUAAAAGAGGAUGGAGAGACUUUUAAAGUUAUUGUAUAUUUACAUAAAUACACUGAAAUAUUAAAAACUAUUAUUAAUCGUCUUUAGCUAACAUCAACACGUAGAUAUCAUAAGAAGUUCCUAAUAAAAAUAAUUUUGGUGAUAAAAUUUCUUUCACGACACGUGUUCAACCGUCAUAAAAUUUAUACCUCCCGCCAGCAUCUAUCUUGACAUCACUUUUUCGUUAAAUUAUUCAUCAGGACAGUUAAGUACCUAUUUUUAUCUAGGACGUCGUCGAUAAAUAAUAAUUCAUCCACUUCGUGGGCGAAAUUCACCCCAUACUAUUAUCGAUCCGCCUGCGAGUUUUACAGUUGGUUGUAAAUUUACUUUAGACUUUAACUCUUUCAACAUAAAUUUCCUCUCAUCGACAAAAAUAACAUUAUCCUACUGCUUGGAUUCCCUUGACAUAUAUUCUUCUGCGUAAGUAUUCCCUUUUUACUUAAUGCCUUUAUACGCGGCUUCCUUUUACCUAUUUACCCUGGCUCUUCGACCUCAACUUUGAAUGAACCAUUUUUCAUUCAAUAUAUCGUACGUCUAUUCAAAAUAAUUUCCAGGAGCUUUUUAUUGCAAAUUUUUGGCUGGGAUGGUAAUUACCGAGAUAUUUAUGAUAGGUACCAGGGUAUUCUGGGUCAGAUAUAUUCAGAUCUCUAAAUUCUUAGGUUCCUUUAUCCUAAGACCACAAAUUUCAAUCUCCAAAAAUUUGCAAACCUCCAAAGUUAUCUUCAGACUUCCUUAGACCUAUCUGGGGUCAGAGCCGAUGAUGUGGCGAUGUUACUGAGAUAGGAUAGUACCGUUGCUAAUAUUAUUCAGGGCCGAUAUUAGGUUCUUGUAUCCUUAGACUUCAAUCUCCAAAAAUUUGCAAACCGUCAAUCAUUUUCAGACUUCCCUAAACCUAUCUAGAGUCCUAACUCCAGAGUCAGACCUCCAGAUCCCAUCUUCUUGCCCUAAAGUGUCCAACUACCUACCUGUAUUUUAUUCCAUGUUACAGAUAUAUCAACCCAAUGAACCGUGCCUUGACACCACGCACCACUGAAAGAUAGUAUUCAACCAAAACUCAGCACCGAAUCACCAAUUUAUGAGUUUAAACGAGUACGAGGGUGCGUACCAUCAGACGCAUCUCAUAACCGACAAUACAGAGUCGCUCGAUUAGCAACGAUGAAACUUGCGGCUGUUUUAAAUGGUCGUCAAUCGAGCCCGGCCGGGCUGACAGUACGACGAAGAUGAGAUCCUGCCGGGAAUCACGUGUAUCAGCUCAACCUCGCGCGAGACACGAGCGUCUCGUCUGGGGUAGGAGAUCAGACACGUUUCUUCAGAACGGACACUCGAGUCGAGAAGAAAUGGAACACAAACAGACGAUUUUGCUUCCACCCGCAUUAAGCAACAGUAGCUGCUGGCAAAGGGACACGUCCGAGCCCACUUGGACCGUGCCAGGACCCGCUGAGUUACUACGGGCCGCUCUAAUUCUUCUACUUAGCCUCGGUAUUCUUUGUACGAAUCUGUUAGUUAUAUGCGUCAUCAACAGCAAACGGUACAGCAAAUAUAUUCAUGCACAGCCAAGAUAUUUACUGACGAGUCUGGCAAGCAACGACUUCGCUAUCGGUCUGCUGGUCACGCCAUUCGGCUUUCUACCAGCUGUGUAUGGGUGUUGGCCUUACGGUGAAGUUGUCUGUCAAAUACAGGCACUUCUUAGAGGAGCUUUAACUCAACAAAGUGCCGUUAUCCUCAUCUGCAUGGCAAUUGAUCGUUACGUUUGUAUGCUGCAUCCUCAUCAUUAUCAUAAGCACGCUUCUAAGAAGUAUUACAUGCGGCAGGGUUGCGUGACAGUGAUGUCAACUACAUGGAUAGCGAGUAUGGCGAUUUUUGGUGCUCUAGUGCUCCCUAGAGGCGGAUACUACUUCAACAACUCUGGCCUCCUGGCGUGUGACCCCUUUUUUGCCAGAGCUUCGCUUAGGAUCCUCGCCUGCUGCUGUUUUUAUUUUCCUACGACUAUGGUGCUGAUGUAUUGCUACGGCUCCGCCUUCCACGUUAACAAACUGCGUCUUAAAAGAGUGGUCUGCGUUAACACUUCGGAGGUGGUUAAUGGCGGACACAUGGAGAGGCUCGUAGCUCAAGAAAGACGAUUAUCCACUUCUGCUUCGCGAACAAUGGCCGCAAUGAGUUUAGGAUUCAUUGUUAUGGUCACACCAUGGACGAUCCAGGAAGUCGUUGCAGCUUGCACCGGAAGCAAACCUCCGCCAUUUCUUGACUUUCUCGCCACGUGGCUCGCGCUUUCAAACAGCUUCUGGAAUCCGUUUCUUUACUGGUUGCUCAACAAUCAUUUUCGUCGCAUUUCGAGGGAGCUUCUUUAUACUAAAGUAUUUUGUAGGCCAAAACCAUUGGGACCGAAACAGCACUGCUGCGCAACUAGCACAGGUGGUCUUGAUGUUUGCAGUAUGGUGGGAGUUGAUUUAUCAGGCUUAGAACGAUGCUCAAUAGAUCGAUAUUCGAUGGCUCGGUGUUCCUCUUUAUCAUUAUCCAAUGCUCCAGCAUCGCUUCCUUGGGAAACUGGACAUCCACUACACAGUGAUACUGCGCCUACGUGAGUUAGGGAUGCCGCCACGCAAACGGAGGACCCGGGAUCUCCAACGAACGCUAGUUAGUAUAGCGUGGCGGCAGUAUGGCAUCCGCUGGUUCGCAGUCUUCAAGUACGGCGGUCACCUCGACGUCAGCUUAUUCGAAACAAUUCGUAUUCAAUGGCAGCCGAAUGGCCGUUCUACGUUGAAACGUUGCAGUUGGAGGAAACGCAGAACCGACGUAAUCGUCGACUUUACUUGGAGAGCAUGCACUUCAAAAGUGUACCCGACCUCAUCCAAGACGUGAAACUUAAUUGACGUAUAAUCAUAAACGUUUGUUUGCGUGUUAUCGAAGGUUAGAUUCAAAGCUUUGGCAAUUCAGAAAACAGUUUAUGAGAGAACAUUUAUAAUAAUCAAGGUUUUGUAUCGUAAGUUGACAUGUAACCGUACUGGUAACGCAGAUUUUCGAAUUGAAAAGUAAACGUGUACAUUGCAGUAGGAUAAAAUAAUGAACACAGUAAUUGUGUGAAGUUAUUAAGUUUUAACAUUUUUCAUCACUUAAAUAAUUGGGGUGUAGAGAACUUUUGAUAUUAUUGAACAUUAGCAUCGUCAUUGUCUCGUUAUUGGAACAUGUACAUUUAUCACUUGUCACGCGUACAUAUUUAUAAUAAUCGCACAAAUUACAGAUAUAAAAUAGCAUUUAAGGAGUUGUCGGGUGCAAAAUAUUUUUUAAAUCGUUUCUAUUCUACAGACGAAGUUACAACAAUACUUUGCAGCAAUUGUUUUGCAACUCUGUUGUUUGACAUUUUUAUAUCUACUGAUAUUUAAUGUGCCAUAGAUGUUUGGACCUUGUACCAUGGUUAUAAUAUUAUUUAGAAAUAGUAAUAGUCCUGCAAACUAAACCUGAUCACAACAGAAAACUAUUUAUGUCCUAUGAUUUAAUAUAUGUGAUAUUCAGCAGUGCCAAUGACUUAAUUGAAGUUAUAGAGGUUAUAGGUCUUGUUUUAUCUAUAAUAUAUUAAAUACAUUAAGCGUACAACAAAAGUUUACAAUAACACUGAACUAUUAUGCAUGGUAUUCAGCAAGGUACCUACUUCAAUAGCAAAAUAUAUUUUCUUCUGUAUACUACUAUUUGGUUCACCAGUUUCAGAACACUUGUCAGCCAUUUUCUUCAGACUACAUCUCCUAAAUUACCUGCAUCAUUGGAAUAUUUAAAACAACUUUAGUUGUUUCUUCACUGUCACUGAAUCUGUAUAUUGUCGUUCAUGCCAUUCAUGCAGAUUGCAUGGUUUCUACAGUUGUUCCUAUAGGUUUUGUUUCAACAGUAUUUUAUAAAUUCCAUUGGAAAGUAAUGUCUGUCAAUAUCAUACGCUUAGGACAAAGUAAAUGUAAAAUACUGAACUCUAUUCCCAAUAAAAAUAUUUGGUUUAUUCAGAUAGUCCCCAGUUACACGUGCCUCAUGUAAGGCACAACCUAUUGUUAGAGGAAUGUUGACCAAAUGACACUUUUCCAUUUUGAUGAAUUUAAUAUGAUAGAGCACUAAAAAAUAUUUCAGUUUUAUACCAUUCUAUUCAAAGGUAUUUAAAUCCACCAUUCCAAAACAUUCUGUUCAAUUUGAACUUUCUCUGCAGUUAAAAUAAUUUUACUUAACAUAUCCUCCACUUAAUGCAGUACUAUCUAUUACAUUUCAUCAAAAUGAAUAAAGGGUUGCUUGGUUUAAAUUUCUUGUUACCGUAUCUGAACAUUAAUAUUAUUGUAAUAUCGAUUGUUAUUGCUGUUUUUACUGUUAUAUGGGUCAAUAUAUAAUAACCAAAGAAACUGUGGAUGGAGUAUGACUUCAUACAUUGAUUGGAUAAAAAAGGAAAAAAUGUAUGUAUGUAAAUGCAAGAAAAAUGACAUGAAAGGUCUGAUGAUUGCAUACUAUUUACAGAAUGAUAUAUAUUUAAGCUUACAUGAAGUUCAGAAAUUAUUUAAUCCCUCUAGAUUCUCUCUAGGUUUUGUUCAAAUUCUUGGAUUCUAUGUAAACUCUUAUAUGUAUUUAUGAAUUGCAUUCCAUUUUAUAUAUAUUAAUAUUUGUUAUUUGGUACCUUUAAUUGUUAAUUGUUUGUACCUUCAAUAUAAAAGUCGAACAGUAUUAAAUAUUACCUCUUAGAAAUGUAUAAUAUAGCAGAAUACCUUUUUUUGU